GCUGCGGCUCGCUGUGACAGCGGCUCGCCGGAAUUUAUUUCAGUCGGGGGACGGCAGAGAAAUUAGAAGGACGGAAUAAGGCGGAUACCGGUUCCCUUCUCUCCCCCACCAUACAGUUUUGAAGAAGACGCCCCCCAUCUUUCUCUCUCUCUCACACACACACACCCUCUUCCCUCCCUGCACCUGUUCUGCUUCGUCUCGCAGGAGUUGAUCCUCUUGCGGAGUGAGCGGACGUCGCUUCUCAUUGUUAGAUAGACGGCGUUAUGAGCAUGACUUCGGCGUUCAACCUGGAUUACCACCCUCUAACCGAAAGUCGGUUAAUGACCGCCAGCGACACGAUCAACGGCAACGGCAGCAAGAUGAACGGGUCGCUGGAGCAGUUGGACCAGCCGGACCCCGACUCCAUCAAGAUGUUCGUGGGGCAGAUCCCGCGGGCCUGGUCAGAAACGGAACUCAAAGAGCUUUUUGAGCCCUUCGGCGCCGUGCACCAGAUCAACAUCCUCCGGGAUCGCACCCAGAAUCCCCCUCAGAGCAAAGGAUGCUGUUUUGUUACUUUUUAUACAAGAAAAGCCGCACUGGAGGCCCAGAAUGCACUGCACAACAUAAAGACUUUAAGUGGGAUGCAUCAUCCUAUCCAGAUGAAACCCGCUGACAGUGAGAAAACAAGUGUGUCGGAACCAGCCGCGGGCCACGCAGCGCGCCACAACGCAGCGCGCCACUUCGACACGAAUUUUGCGGUAGAAGACAGAAAACUCUUCAUCGGAAUGAUUUCAAAGAAAUACGGCGAGAACGAGAUCAGAAUGAUGUUCUUGUCUUUCGGCCAGAUGGAAGAGUGCAGAAUUCUCCGCGGACCAGAUGGUCAGAGCAGAGGCUGUGCGUUUGUCACAUUUUCUACCAGAGCAAUGGCACAGAAUGCAAUCAAAACCAUGCAUCACUCUCAGACUAUGGAGGGCUGUUCCUCACCUCUGGUGGUGAAGUUUGCCGACACGCAGCGAGAUAAGGAGCAGAGGCGCCUGCAGCAGCAGCUUGUACAGCAGAUUCAGCAGCUUAAUAGCGCCUCCACCUGGGGAAACCUGGCCGGCCUGGGGACCCUCUCGCCACAGUACCUGGCGUUGCUCCAGCAGGCCACAUCUACCAGUAACCAAGGCAGUUUCAAUAAUAUUCAGAGGCUAGGAGCAGGUGUGAACCCCCUUCAGCUUCAGAACUUGGCCACAUUAGCUGCUGCUGCGGCCGCAGCCCAGAGUUCUGGGAGCCCGACCUCUACCAGCGCUAUGUCUGCAAACAGUGCAGCCCUGGGAGCCCUGGCCGGCCCAAUGGGUUCAUCAGCGGCCAGCGCCGGUGCCGCCAUGAACACCCUGGCGUCUCUGGGAACCCUGCAGGGUCUCACCGGGACUUCUAUGGGCCUCAACCUUAACGCGCUCACCAACAGUGUCGGUGGUAUGGGGUCCAUGAAUGGGGGCCUGGGAGCCUCCAUGGCCAACGGGUCAGCGGCUAGCUCCAUGGACGCUCUGACCCAGGCCUACUCAGGGAUGCAGCAGUACGCCGCCUCCGCCCUGCCCUCCCUCUACGGCCAGUCUCUCCUGCAGCAGAGCAUUGCUGGGGGUCAGAAGGAAGUAGGGCCAGAGGGCGCCAACCUGUUCAUCUACCACCUGCCCCAGGAGUUUGGAGACCAGGAUCUUCUCCAGAUGUUUAUGCCUUUUGGAAAUGUGGUCUCUGCCAAAGUCUUCAUUGACAAACAGACCAAUCUGAGCAAGUGCUUUGGGUUCGUCAGCUAUGACAAUCCUGUGUCUGCGCAAGCUGCCAUCCAGGCCAUGAAUGGUUUCCAGAUCGGCAUGAAGAGGCUGAAGGUUCAGCUGAAGCGCUCCAAGAACGACAGCAAACCCUACUGAUCCUAGUCCUGGGGCCUCCCCCCGCCCCCUCCCCAGCUCUAAUGCUAACACUGCUAGGGUAAGUUCACCCUCCAGCCAAGGUCACCACAGCAGAGACUCUGUGGGGCAGGGGGCAAGGAGCCCACCGCAGGAGGGAGACUCUCUAUUCCUGUAUGAAAAGAAACAUGUUUGCAAUGAUCUUUCCUCAUUUUACUGUAUUUCAUUCCUGCGGUUUUAUGUCAUUUGAGUCGGCUUAAAUAUUUUAAUGUAUAUGAUUAUUUAUGACUAUCACUGGAGUCAGUGUUCGCUGGAGGUAUUUUGUGUCACUGUAAUUAGCGGAGAGCAUCGGCUGUGUUUCCAUGCCAUUUCAUUGCCUUCAGAUCAAUUUAGACCGGUUGACUAAGGAUCAGUAGUCGCUUUGAGGGGCCUCGCAGACCCCCCAUUUGGCUUCUUACGUGUAGUCUGUCUCUUUCCAUUUUUCAUUCUUACUGUGAAAGUCUCUUGCACUCCAAAAACAAUGUUGAGCUAGGCUACCUCUCUCUGCUCUAUUAACAACCUCUUCCAGUCAUUCCAUCCAUCCUUCUAGUCCCCCUCCUCCCCAGUGGGCCCGACUAGAUGGAUCUCUUUGGGUGCCAAGUAUACAGUUUGUGCAUGUUGGAGUCUGCCAUACGUCCUGGUCACUAUUGUUUUUGUGUGUCGGGAGAGGGUGGGGGUGGGGGUGUAGAUUACCCCGUUGUCCUUACUAUAUGUGGUGAUUGGCAUUGUUUUUGUUGUUGUUUGUGCCUCAUGGCUAAACGAUUCUUGUGCUGUGGCCCUAACUUUCUCCCCUCUUUGUCUUUUCUCUCUCUCUCUCUCUCUCUCGCUCUUCCUUUUGUGUUUUUGUUCCUUUUUUAGAACAAAUCUCCAUGCCUGUUUGCUCAUCAUUAGCCUAGCAUGUCUUCAUGAUGUUGAAAGCCAAGCCAAACUCCUGGCCUCAUCAUCCCACCAUUGUCUGUGAUGUCUCUCUAAGCUCGCCUGACCAAUACCUGGCCACCCACUGACCCUUGACCUUUGCUCAACCUGAUUUUUCUGCAUGUAUAUUCAGUUUGUUUUGUUUUGUAUAGAAAUGUGACUGGGGAGAGAGGUCAAGCAAAUCAAUGUGAAAAGUUACCUGCGUUGAAUUCAUUUAAGAAACCUUUUUUUGAGAAUGUUUUAAAAACCUGUGGGAUUUUUUUAAUUUAGCUUUGUUUUUUCUUUUUACCUCUCAGUAAAGUUCACUUGAAAGUUGAAUACAGGGAUUGGCACACAGCUGUGCUAUUUGGUGCCAUUAGCAAUAUGUUGGCUUCUUAAAAAAAUGCUACAGACCACUUUCCAACACUUUUGAAAGUUAAACCCCUCAGUGCUCUGUAAUGAUCUCUACAUUUUGCGGGCAGUGUAAAGAUUUACACAAAAAAAAUCUUUUUGAUUUAAAAAAAUAUCCAGUGUAUUUACCUUUUUUUUGAUCUAUUGAUGGCACAAUAAAAGGUACAUUUGCUCUGUUUAGAGAAAUGGCUACCUACAUGAGUCAACUUUUUUAGAACUGAUUCACAAAUAGACAAUCUGUGGUUUAAAUGCACACUUAGAUUACCUAUAUUUUAUACCAUUGAAUCUAUAGAAGUUUAACUAACAGAACCCAGGCAAAACUUUGGGGUUUUUGUAGAUUAUGUUGUAAUGUCAUCUGUGUUGGGAUGGGGGGAGGGACUUCAGUGUAUUACAUUUUUAAAGAGGACUAAAAUCAGUUUGAUCAGCGUGACAGUUUGAGGUCAUUUCUAGUUAAUUAAAAACACUUUAAGUAUAAAAAAAAAUAAAAAAAUAAAAAAAAAGAUCCUCUACAUUUAAUUGUAAUUUCAACUUUUGAUGAAAAAGUACUUGUUUUUUCUUAAGGGUCACAGUACGUAGACUUUCAUUUUUCCUGCGUUAAACAAAAAAUUAGUCUUCAACUUUCACGGUACGUCUUGUUGACUUUGUGUGAAUUUGACAUUAAUUAAUAGAUGUUUCACUUUGGUUAAGUCUGGAUGCCUCAUGUUGAAAGAUGAUUUACAAUGUCUGUUAACCAUACAGAUGCCAGACAAUGUCUUUGUUAGAAUUUGUUGUUAAAGUGCCCAUGUGUCAAACUUUGUUUUUUUGAAUUUACACAUUCUUUUCCUGUACUAUUAAAAAAACAAACGUAGUUUUCUUUACACGCACGCACAUAACGCGACACAAAACACUUUCUGUGGUUGCAAAUUUGGGAGCCCCUGAAGUAGAUCACAUGGACACAACACACAACCUGUAGGUCUCCGCACAAUCUUUAUAGACACACUCACGCACUCUUGCUUUUCUAUUUUAGUUGGUCUUUUAAUUUACUGUCGUGUUUUAGUCGCACACAAUGACCGUACAAAGUCCACCACAACUAGUGUUGGUUUACAAAUACAUUCCAUUUUUCAGCACAAAAGUUUACACUUCUUUUUUUGCCAGGGUGGUAUUUUGUCUGUUGUACUACUAGUUGUUAAGACAACCCUGGUAAAAAUAACAACCACUUCAUCCCCCAAGAAGGGUUCCCUUAAACUGCGUACCUGAUGGCGCUAAAGAGUUGUCAACUCAGGGGCUUUUUGUGUGUGAAACUAGACUGGAAUUACAACACAAAAUGGACAAUUUUCAUCAUUUGACCCCCCCCCCCUCUCCUCCAUAUACAUAAAUAUUCCAAAAAAUAUAUAUAAAGAGGUACCAAAUUAAAAAAAAUCAGUGCUCGAGGAAAGUGUUUUGUAAGGAAAUGUCAAGCACAAUUGUGGGAGCUAAUCACUUUUGCAGGAUGUUGAGUGUGAUAUAAUCCCCCAAAUUUACAAGGUACCACUGACUUCACUUUUUAAUAUAUGGGCAUGUGCUUUUUACAGUGUUUUUUCUAUCCAAAUGCAAUACAAUAUUCAAAGUGCCAUAUAUACGUCUAGAAACUGCCUACACAUCCUUAUCAGGCCUUGGUUUAGAGAUUGCUGCAGUUCGCCUUUUUUUGUCUAUUUAUGCCCGUGUCAUGAAAGCUCUUGUCACCUGCUCAUGCCCCCCCCCCCCACCCCACCUUUCCCACUCUGAGUUAUUAGUAAAUGUGUGUUGUGAUGUACUCGAGUUGGUUAAAAGAACCUGUAGAUAAACAAUAAACGUCCCCAUAUGUUUGAAGGAAAACCUCUUUAUUAGUGAGAGUGAACAAGUGUGCUGUAACACUUUGCUAUACAAACAAUUGGUGACCAGUCAGGGAAUUCUUUUCUUUUUAAAUAAAGUUAACAAGUUUAAAACUUGAGUUAAAACAACUUUCUUGCCUUUGGUAACGAGGUUGUUUAAAUGGAGAAAAGAACCGUGUGUCAGACACUGAAGUGGUUGCAGCUCUGUGGUUGGUAUGCCGUGUAUGGUGAAGUGUUACUGUGAAUGAUUUUUUUUUUUUUUAAAAGCACAACGUCCGGUCCUGAGCGGAACUUGUCUCACUUCAGGGGCUUCCAUCACCAAUCCCGUUCAAGCUCUAACAAUCACUUUCUUCGUUUUGUUUGUUGUUCAUAUUCUGAAGUGCUAUUUUUUUGACAAGUGUGGUAACUUUGCAUCUCUAUAGAUAUUGUCUUGAUCCAAAUGAAAAGAGGAAGAAAAAAAAAAUCUUUUCCUUUGUUAUUUUCUUGUCUGAUCGGUAGGACUUUAUUCACGUUCCACCAAUAAUUUAAUAGAUGUUUUAUCUUGUCUCGAUGAAAGCCAAAGUGGGUGCAUCUUGAUGUGAUCUGUAGACCUACAAUAGUUUUUUUUUCUGUUCACUCACUAUAAAUUUUUUGAAACUGGGUGAGAUGUGAAAAAGGAGGAAAAAAAUCCAUACACAGGCUUUCCAAUUUCUACAACUGGUUGUUCAUAUGUAUUUUGUACCAGUGAAGCUUUUUAUAUUGGAAAUUAAAGAAAAAAAAUCUAUAUUGGAAAAGAAAAAUUGUCUGGCCUCUCUAUGUGGCCUCGCCUUGACCAGAUCUUGAGUUUGGCCUCUUGGUGGUGUCAAGCAAUUUUUUUUUUUGUUUUGUUUGUCUCUCAAAAAAAAUAUGCCUGAUUUUUAUUUGACUUGGAUCUAUACGUAUGCCUCACUUCGUUUAUCAGCUUCAGUUUCUGAGGGUGGGGGGUUGGGAUCCUCUAAAUCGUGGUAAGUUUCAUGUUAGUAUUUGUGCUGUCCACGUAGUUUAAAUGGUCACCAGGAUUUUGACAACUUGUGUGGUUAAUUGUCUUAGUUGAGGAGUUAACUAUCUGUUUAGUUUGAGCCUUGCUUUUUACCUGUGUAGAGUUUUCUGUUUUUUCCCAUAGCGGAGGACAUAGCCGAAAGACUGUUCUUUUUUUGGUCAAUGUUUGUUCAUGUGUGGUGUGUUACUUUGCCUCUGUCUCCAAAUUAAACCAUUUCCCCUAAUAUGGA